UUUUAUCUUAAAGAUGUAAAAUGUAAAUUGAAAAUUCAUAAUUCCUGAAAAUAAAACGUAAACAAAAAACAAACCUAUUAAAAAAUAAAUAGAUGUAUCAUAAGAGUUGGUACUACGUACCUACAUAAUAUCAAUAACGUAUCAACGUAAAAAAUGUUGACCAAUAAAAAUACAAAUUGAAUACAAAUUACUUGUUUCGACAACUGUUAUGCAAUCGGUUCGUGGGCGACCGUGGAGGGAGCCGCUGCGCUUCCAUCAUUUACCGUCCAGUGAUCAUGAUAAAUUAACAUACAAGUAUACAACAAGGUGUUCGUUUUCAUUACCAAUUUAAUAUGAUGUAUAAUAUCCGAUAAGACGGCAGAGAUUUGAUACCGUCGAAAUGGGUACUGUUUGAUUGUGACUUACAUAAUAUUAAGUAAUGAAUUAAUAACACCAGUGCGUACGGUAUUAUAGGGUAUGGUGUCAUUUACUUUUUUUUUGCUUCCUCGGUUUCUCGAGAUAGUCGACAACAACAAUGGUUGAAGUAGCUGAUGUGUGCAUAACCAAUUAAAGCUUUUUAUUACUGGUGUUGGAAACAAAUAUUAAUCUGGAAUAUACCUGUGACUUGAACUUAUUGAAAUAUGUUUAAUGAACUCCAUUUUCCAGCCAUGUUCAAGUAUUCAUAUAUUUAUGCUAUUGUAUUCUUGGACUUAAUCAGCAUUAGCCUUAUCAUACCAGUAUGGGGCACACACUUACGAUCUUUAGGCGCUAGUCACUUUCAUAUAGCCUUACUAGGUUCUACAUAUUCAUUUCUACAAUUCUUAUCGGGUACACCAAUUGGCGCACUUAGUGAUCAUUAUGGUCGAAAAAUUGUACUUAUUAUUACUAUAUGCAUUUGUGCCAUAGCAUAUUUCCUACUAGGCUGUGUGAAAUCGUUUAUAUUAAUAGUAUUGAUUCGCAUUCUUCAAGGAUGUUUGAAACACUCACAACUUUUAUGCAAGACAUUAGUUAAUGACCAAGUACCAGCUGAUCAACAGACUACAGUUUAUGGGCGAAUGAAUGGAUUUUCUUCCCUCUCAUUUGUUAUUGGACCAAUUAUUGGUGGUCAUUUAAUGGAAAAAAGUGAAGGAUUUUAUAGCCUAGCGUGUUCUACUUCAAUAAUAUUUCUAAUCAAUGCUUUAGUCGUUUAUUUUACGGUUCCCAACACAACUGUUCCAAAAAAAGAAAGAAAAAGUGCAUCACCAUUGAGCGAUUUAAUGGAAGUAAAUUGGAAAGAAUGUUGGCCUGCUUUUUCGCUGAAAAUGUUAGGUGCUGCAGCGUUGUUUGCAUAUUUUAGUACCGUUGGUCUUGCUAUGAAUGAAAAAUUUAAUUUAUCCCCAUCAGAAGCUGGUUAUACUGGUGCUUUACAAGGACUUACAGGCGGCAUAACUGGAUUUGCAGCAGGAAAAAUAGAAAAUAUAAUAUUUCCUUCUAAAAAUCCAUUUACUAAAUGUUUUUAUUCCUUCAUAAUGUUGGGUAUAGGAUUUGUUAGUUUAGCCUUAGCACCAAAUUUAAUUAUAUUUAUGGCAGGUAUGAUUCCAAUCAGUGCUUCAAGUACACUCAUAAGAGGAUUUAACAAUGAAAUAAUGUAUGAACAGUCCUCAUCUGAUCAUAAAGGACUAGUUGCUGGUGCAGGAGCUAGUGCUGCAGCAAUAGCAAGAUUCUUAGCACCAAUUAUAUGUGGAUUUACAAUGGACAUGUUUGGAAAUAACUCUGGAUUUUUGUUAUCUGCAUUGUUUUCAUUCACUGGAGCAGUGUUGUCAUUAUGUUUAACUAAGAAAUCAAAAACUCAUGUUGAAUAAGUUAUAGUAUGUGGAAAACACAAAUACUUUUUAACUAUGGCAAAUUAUAAAUACUUGGUUUGCAUUCAAAAUAUAUUGAUAAAAAGAAAGUACUGGUUUUCAAAUUAAAAGAUGCUAUUAGUUUUAGUUAUUAUUAAUUAUAUGUGUAUAUAAUAUUAUUGUUGUCUAUAUUGAGAAUUAUUCAAAACAAGUAAACUAUAUAUGAUACUAUUUUUCUAUUAUUUUGAUAAUGUAGGUUCUAAAUUGAAAAUAUCUAUUUGUUCAAUUCAAAAAUUGUAUUGUUAUUAAUUAAAAAUUAAAUUUUAUGUGUUAUACAGUUUAAUUUUUCACUUCAAUUUAUGCAAAAUAUUUUAAAUAUCUAAGAAUGGUUAUAUUCUUUAUGUGUUUUUUAAACUAACUACCUAUAAUAAUAUAACAACUAAGAAUGUUUACAUGGGUUAUUUAAAAUUGUAAGUGACAUCAUCAAUAAUUAUACGAUUUAUUUAAGUAUGUGUUAUAUUUGUCUAAAGUAUAUAUUAUAAUUACUUAGCUUUAAGAGGACACUAUGCCCGUAUGUGUUGUUUUCGCCUUACAAACACAACAUGCAAAUUUGUAUUCAGUAGAGCCAAUCAAAUGUUAUCUUUAAUAUUAGAAUAAAUUGACUUGACCUAUUAUCAAAGUUAGAAAUAAGAAUAUUAUCUGUGCUUAAACUUUGGCUAUUUUUAUAUUAGAUAUGAACAUUUUUAACUUGUGAUAUUUACAAUUCUUACAUCUACAAUUAAAAUAUCAAAAAAGCCAGCACUUAAGCAUAAAUAAUUUGUUUACCUUCAACUUUGUUAAUAAGUCAAUUUAAAGCAAUUGGUUCUAUUGAAAGCAAAUUUGCUAUUACAUAUGUUUGUAAAACAAAGACAACACAGCAGGUGUGGUGUUGUUUAAACUCCAUAAACAAUGUAGAUAAUAUAAAUACUUUUAAUUUAUAAUUUUUGUGAUAAGUAAUGAGUUAAUCAUUGACACAAAGUUUGCCGUUUACGCAUCAUUAAUCUGCUAGGUAAAACAUUUGGUAAGUUGUUUGUGCAUUACAUAAGAAUAAAAUAGUAGUGAAUAUUAGUUUUAAUAAAUGGAUGAUACAAGCAUAUCUCAUGUUAAAAAAAAAAUUGAAUAGUAAAUAAUUUUGUAAUUUUUUUUUUAAUAAUUAAUGAAUCUAGUCAAAAUUAGAUAAUCACAUUUUAUUUUUAUUAUUUGUAUAACAAUACUUAUAUGUAAGUAGUGUAUAUGUAAGGUCAUUCAAAACAAUGAUGCACAAACAUCUUAAUGAUAUACAUUUUGUGUAGAUUGUAUUAUUUUAUAUACCAUUAAAAUAAAUACACUGGAAAACAAUAAUUGUAUUAAUAAUAUUUAUUUUUUGAAUAUAAUAUAUUAUAAACAUA